AGUGUCCACCACUGUUUGUAAUCUCCUACAUUGCAGGGCAUUUGAAGUUCAAGUUCAAGUUCACAUUUAUUGUCACAUGUACCAAUUAAGGUACAGUGAAAUUUGAGUUACCAUGCAGCCAUACAAUAAAAAAGAACACAAUACACAAUCGAAUCCAACAUAAACAUCCACCACUGUGGGUGGAUCAUCAACAUUCUUCACUGUAAUGGAAGGCAACAAUGUUCAGUCAGUCUUCCUCCCUUGUCCACCGUGGUCGGGGCCAUGAACCCUCCGUAGUCGCCACUACAGAUGGCCCGAUGUACAAGCCCUCUCGUCUGGAUGAUCGAAACUCCAACGUCGGGACGAAUCGGAGCACACACUCUCUUGGAGUUCCCGAAUCGGCCACUUGCUUACCGGAGACCGCGGCUUCACCAUGUUAUAGAUUGAGUUAACAAUGGUGUGAAAGUCAGAAUUUAAAUAAAGAUAAGUAUCAUCUCUGUAUUGCAGCUUAGUGAGUAAUAUUGGAUUGACUUUAUUGACACCUGAGUGGAGGCAGAGUGGGUUGAACAUGUUCCCACUACCCCUAUUCAUGAAGGAAUGCUCUCAUUUCUAAAACUCGCCCCACCCAGGAUAUCAUGCCAGGACAAAUGUAAGGCAGGUUCCUUCUCAGAUAGAAACACACAGACAGAUGAGUUUAAAUUGUGACAGACUGCCAAGCAAAUUGCUGGAAAACAUAUGCUGAUUUUUAUCUUUGCAGGUAUGUGAAAAACUGCAUUAUGUGUUAAACUAGAGCAGAAUGCAAAGGACAUCAUAGCGAAUGUUACAAUAAGAGCUUUCAGAUCGAGAACGGGCUUUGAGGUGUUGAUGAAAGGUGUUAUUGAAGACCUUCAGCAACAAUGAAUUGGGGUUCUCUUCAAGGCAUCCUCAGUGGGGUGAAUAAAUACUCAACAGGAUUCGGUCGGAUAUGGCUAUCCGUCGUCUUCCUCUUCCGAGUGAUGGUUUAUGUGGUGGCAGCCGAGAAGGUCUGGGGCGACGACCAAAAAGAUUUUGAGUGUAACACCAAGCAGCCUGGCUGUGAAAAUGUCUGCUUUGACAACUACUUCCCAAUCUCCCACAUCCGCCUGUGGGCUCUCCAGCUCAUCUUUGUCUCCACUCCAUCCCUGCUGGUGGUCAUGCAUGUAGCUUACCGAGAAGAUAGGGAGAAGAAGAACAAGAGGAAACAUGGCGAACAAUGUCACAGUCUCUACCAAGACACAGGGAAAAAGAAAGGUGGACUCUGGUGGACUUACAUACUUAGUCUUGUGUUUAAAGCGAUAAUUGAUGUAGGGUUCCUGUAUAUCCUUCAUAAAAUCUACAAAAACUUUGACUUGCCUCGCCUUGUUAAAUGUGAGUUGCCGCCUUGCCCCAAUAUCGUUGAUUGCUUCAUUGCCAGGCCCACUGAAAAGAGGAUCUUCACUAUAUUCAUGGUUGUGACCGCAGGCAUCUGUGUUCUUUUAAACAUUGCUGAGUUUCUGUACCUCGUGAGUAAAAGAAUCAUGUCCGAGUGCUGUAUGUCAAGAAGGCGACAGCACGCAAAUCACUCCACAAAAACGUCAACUGUCUUACUUGACAAGUCAUCUGACGGAGCCUACAGCUCAGAGAUUAAGCCUUACUCUUUAAACUAAAAUCCAAGCCUCAUUUUUCACUUGAAUUCAUGAAAGAUCCACUAGAAAUACUUAUCUAGUGGAAUAUGCAGGACUAAUUAAACAUUAGUGUUAAACUUUGUACUUUUUUCACCUGGCACUCAAUGGAGCUUAACAAACCAUGGCCUCUCAAACUCUCAAACUCGGUGAAGGUUGUCUAGUUUUGCUAUAAAGUUGAGUUAAUUUUGGUGGAUCCACACAUCUCAACUCCACUCUUUCUCUCGAUCAAACUAAAGCAAUACUUCACUUUCCACUUUUAUAUUAGCAAAUGCUUAUCUGAUGUCUGAUAUAAAGUUAAUGGGUCACACUUUGUUUGCGUCAAUAGGCCCAUGCUAAGAUGCUCCCGAUAUCAGAGUAUGUAAAUAAAAGCAACGUAGAAAGUAGACAGUGGGACGGAAAAUGAAGCUAUACUAAAGGGAAAUACCAUUUGAGGAGGAUCUUACCACCAAAGGCCAUUUAAAUGAACAUCACAACUGAUCCAAUAUAUAAAUGCUAAGCAACGAUCGUGUUAAACAAAAGAUAUUCCCAUUGAUGCUGAGUCCCUCAACAUCAGUAUCCUGUGAGUUAUCAUUGACAAGGAGCUCACCUUUGUGUAUCCCCUGACUACUGGAGCCGGCCAUAGGCUGGUUAUGCUGUAAUAAGAGGUUCUCCUCUUGAUUGCACAACUCCUUUUCAUCUACUACAAGUAUUAUGGAAUACUCUCUAGUAGCCUGUAUGUGUGUAGCAUAGCAAGAGUCAAAAUAAACCAAGGCAAAGCAACUCGCUCCUUAACUCAUUAACUUUCCCACUAAACAUUUCGUAUUUUUAUCUGGACUCACCCUGGCUGCAGUGGUCAUUAAUAUUUAGGCCACUACUUUAUACCUACUGUAGAAAAUGGGGGUAAUUUCUACCUCAGGCAGCAACUGUAAGGCUGCGUCACUGUGCCACCCUGUUUUUGACAAUAAUGUCAUACAAUCCCUCACAAUAACCCACCACUUUAUAAGAUUCUUGAGCAUGAUCAUGGAGACUAAAUCUCAGUCACCAUUUUCAACUGAUCAGUUAACAUACCACCAACAAUUGACGGUAGUCCUGGUACAUGUUCACAACCCAAAAUGUCGACCAUCCCUCUGUCCCACAAAUGCUGCCUGACCCGCUGAAUUACUCCAGUAGUUUGUCUAUAUUAACAAGGGAAGUUAAACUUAACUCAAUGCAAUAUUACGAAGUACAUAACUCAAUAGAACAAUAUUGAGGAUGGCAAUAUUAUAGGAACAUUUAGAAAUGUCAAUGGCAGAAGCAGACUAUCAGCAGCACAUUUGGGUUCAAGAAUAUCUAAUCUUAGAAACACGGUUAAAGACCUUCACUGAGCUGGGGAGGUCCUUCACACAGAGGUUUGGAAGCUCUGGAAUUCACAUCCAUGAAUGAGUACAUGGAUGUGUCAGAAACGUUAUCUCGGGUCAUUCCCCUUGGAGUAAAGGAGAUAAAGAGCACAAGUGAUGGGGAUGUAUUAGGUCAAUACUGGUUCAGGGAGAGUAAAUUGAGAAAUGUUGUCUCACAAUAGCUGUGGAGAAGGAAAUUAAAUUGUGGGCAUAAAGGAGGACUUGAGAGUUUUUAUUUUGCACAGAGAGUAGUUACAACCUGUAACUAGGGUCAACAUAGGAAAAGAGAAUAAUUUACAGAACUAUGAGACCAAUUGUGUAGCUCCACAAAUGAGCCAGCUUGGACUCAAUGGGUUAAAGUGGUUUCCCUUGGUGGCAUCAUAGCUAUAUGAUUCCAUGAUAUCUACAUUUAAAAUGUAAGAUUACAUUGAGCAGGUGGCAUGAUGAAAAGAGGUUGCAAGAUAUGGAAACAGUGGAGAAAUGCCACAAGAAAUAUUUGUGCAUGUUCAUGUUUGUUUAAUGCCUUCAUGAAUUUAACAUGAUUUAUUUCUUGUAUGUGUUAACCGUAUAACCAUAUAACAAUUACAGCACGGAAACAGGCCAUCUCGGCCCUACAAGUCCGUGCCGAACAACUUUUUUCCCUUAGUCCCACCUGCCUGCACUCAUACCAUAACCCUCCAUUCCCUUCUCAUCUAACUACUUGAAUGUAUUUGUAUUUUCAUGUUGAUAUUGUUAAUUCAAAUGUUGUCAUGGAUUAAUUGCAAUGAGCUGGAGUCAAUGCAGUUUUACAUUUGUUACCUAUAGCUUGCUGGUUAAUUCACAGUCUAAUGUCUGCCCCAUGGAGAUAUAUCAAAGUCUGAAUUUAAUUUCAUCGUUUGAAUAUUUUCAGUGAUUUGUGGUUUUCAAUUAUGCAUUAUUUACAGCAAUAACGAUUCAACAUAACUUAAUGUGGAAUAUGGAUAUUUGAUAUGCAUUAUAUGUGCAUUCACAGAAAUAGAUAUUUUAACAUUAUAACAUUGCUAUUCACUUUAUUAAGGAGAUUAUAUGUUGGUUUCAUCUUAGGGUCUUGUAAACCAGUAUGCAUUUUCAUGUCUUAAGAAGACAGUGAAUGAAUGUAUGUCACAAAGUCACAGUCUUGAGAUAUUGAAAUUUUAUUGAGACCCGAUCAUGGGUCAAAUGAAUGAACAUAUCUUAAUUAAAGACUUGGAUAUCUGAAUGAGUAACACAUAUGUGGUUACAUUCUUUGGAGAAUCGGAUAAGCUUUACUAACAAUAUUAAUUUCUUGCACAUUAAAGGAGCACUGCCACUUGGGAAAACAACUAGCAAGAUCAUUUUUUCAAUAAAUGUACAGUUGUUGUAAUGAUUGAAAAAAUAUUGCUGGAGUCAUUUGUGUUCAAUAAAGUAUACGUAUUUUGAAAAAUAAUAUUUAAAGAGUUUUUUUCUUGUUUCUAAAAUCAGGAAAUUAAUUUGAGUCAACAAUACUCUAAGCAAUGAUUGUUCUUUGUUUCCUGCAUCAGUGAAUGAUCUAAUUUAAAAAGUGUUGUAUUGCAAAAAGUCAUAAUAAAAAUUUAAGAUAUGCAAA